AUGAGCGCCGCCGCUGGCUGCAGGCAGAGUCGCUGCCGCCCGGCCGCCGCUGGCUCCAGUCCGCCGCCAUUAUUCUUUGUUCGCUGCGAGCGGCGGCGGUGUUGUGGUGCUCGGGCGGAGGCUCCAUCUUUACCGCGGCCCCUCCUGCGAGGGGAAGGCCCCGAGCGCGGGUGUCCGGCGCCUCCCCGGCCCCCCUCUGUCCCCCCGGCUCUCUCCGGCUCCUGCCUCCUCCUCCUGCUCCUCUUACCGGUGGUACAAGCUCCUCCGUCACUGCUUUCGUUCGCGGCCCGGAUCUCGCUGGAGUUUUAUUCUCUCCCCCACGUAACACACCGCGUCAAACUACACCUCCGCCGCGUCACUCACCAACACUCCGCUUCUCCCAGCCGCCCGGGCCACAGGCAGCAGCAGCCGCCGCCGACUGAGGAGCCGCAGCCAGGGAGCCAGCCAGCGCCGCCCAGUGCCGAGUGCGCAGCGGCCACUCACGGAAACAGCCGAUCUCCACCCGGAGCCGCUCGAGAGGCCCCGCCCCCGCGCCGCUGGCGGAAACUGCCGAAGGCCUUCGGCUUCUUCCGGGAGCUGCGAACCGGCCACUUCUGGGCUCUUCUUCUCUGCUUCCACGCCACACUGGCUCUUCCACAUCUGCAGCUGAGGACAGAAGUCGGCUGA